UUUUUUUUUUAUUAUAUUUAUUAUUUUUUCUUUUUUUCUAAAUAGUCACAGAAAAUAAAGAAUAAUAAUAAUUUUUUUUUUCUUUUCCUUCUCUUCUCUUCUUUUUUGUAAAUGUAUAGUCUUCCUUUUAAGCAAGCCUAUAUUUAGUUAUAGAUAUUCCUCUUUAGAAUAUAAUUCAAACAAUUUUAUGCAUGUACUAUAAUCCACCUCUGUCAUCGAGUCGACGUCACAGUACGUUUGACAAACCUAAGGGUGCUUAUAGACUCGUCUGCGAUAUUUUCUUCGAUACACCGCCCCAGUUUAUGACAGGUACACAUAUUUCCCUACUAAGCAAUCUUUAUCUGUCACCUAACAAGGAACAUUCAUCAUCAUUAUCAAAUGAAAGCGACGACCCAGAAUCAUCUGCUAUCCUAUUAUCCUCUUUCUUUAACCGAUACCAUCAUCACACUACUAAUAAACGACCUAAAAAUAACUUGUUAAAAUUAAAAUCUUUUGGUAAAGCCUAUCCAACUUGUCAUGACGUCAAUUCUUUUGAUGUGUUGAUUGGAUUUCUUCUGGGUAUCAUGAAUGCCUCGAGUGUGACGAUGAUUAAAUGGAUUCCAGGCUUUGAAGACACCUUUAUGGCUUCCUUUGAAGACGGAUCUAUUUUGAUAUUAGAAAAGGACCGAGAUGAUCAAAGUUUUCAUUUUCAGAUCACGAAGCCAAAUAAAUUUAAUAACAAAUAUAAUCCAAUAGCCCAUUGGCGUGUAAGCAGGAAAGGGAUUGUAGCACUUGCGUGUUUUUUUUUUCUUAAUAGCUUUUUCAUUUUCACCAGAAAUCAGCAUUUAGCUAUAGUUGGGAAAGAUGGAUUAUUAAGAGUUAUUGACUAUAUAAAUGAAUGGCUAUGUGAUGUGUUUGUAGGGUAUUUUGGUGGAUUGUUAUGUGUAACUUGGAGCCCCGAUGGACAUUAUAUCUUGACAGGUGGUCAAGAUGAUUUAGUGACAAUUUGGUCAUUUAAAGAGAAAAGAAUUGUAGCUAGAUGCCAAGGUCAUAAAUCAUGGGUGACAGAUGUAGCAUUUGACCCUUUAUAUUGUGAUGAUACUGAGUAUAGGUUUGCAAGUGUAGGUGAAGAUUGUAAACUUUUAUUAUGGAACUUUUCAGUCAAUGCUCUUCAUAAACCCAAACAGAUAAUAAGAAAAGAUUCUAAAACUACGCCUGAAAAGGCCAUCUCUUUUGGAAGUAGUAGUAGUAGUAUUAGUAGUAAUAGUAAUAAUAAUGGAAGCAGUAAUAAUACUAGUAAUGAAGUUAUUGCUCCAUUUACACCCUUAACGACACAACAUACUAGAUUGCCUACUAUUCAUCCGCUAUUGUUUAAAACGCAGGUACCGUCUUUACAGCCAAUAGUGAAGCAAACUAUUCAUCCUGAUCCAUGUGUUGAUGUUAUAUUUACUGAGGAUGAAAUUUUAACUACGGAUCGACGAGGAAGGAUUCGUUCAUGGAGUCGACCUUGAAAAAAAAAUGUCUUUGUAAACUACUGUAAAUAUAUUUCAGGAACAAAUUAACAUGUUCCUUUUUUUCAAAAAAAAAAAAAAAAAAAAAAAAAAAAAAAAA